CACAUCCGUAGACUAGCGCAAGUUAAUUCGCAGACUUUAAUAGUAUUUAUAUCUCUUAACAGGCUGUGUGACUGAGAAGUUAUUACCUCAAAAUGUAUGUCGGUAUGCAGUUUUCCCUAUUGCUCUGUGCCAGCUAUUAUCCCUCUGUGUGCCAUAGGUUGCCGACCCCUGCUCUAAAGCCAUUUUUCUCAUUUUUGGUUGGUGGUGUUAUUGUGUUUUGCCUUUGUAUAGCAGCAUUACUUUUGCAUUUCUCAAAAGAAAAUCCACACACUUUAUGAAGAAAUAAAUAUUGUAUUCCCUAAUCUAAAAAAAAAAAAUGUAAUUUAGCUCUUACUUGCAUGCCUCAUGGAAUGCAAUAUAUAAAUAGUAAUCACCUAAGACAUAGGAUGUUUUCAUUCAGUAGCACAAGCGAGCAGUUUAAAUAGCUUAUUGUAUGUAUAGAAAUGUGCCUGUACACAUGGGAGUUGGCAAGAUGGAAAGCUUUCUUGUAUCAUGUAAAAUGCCCUUUAAAGUCAACCUGAAACCAAAUCCAGUUUACUUUCGUAAUGUGAGUUGUUGUUAUAAUAAUAAUAAUAAUAACAAUUAAUUUUAUUCAUCUUGAAUUGACUUAGUAAUUUGAUUUGGGUGUUCUGUUCUUAAAUGGGGCCAGACCUGAAUGCGAGUUUGCAGUCAGAAAUUUGUAGAUGUAUGGUAAUUUAGAAUAUUUUAUAUUUUGAGCCUCUACCUACUGGAAACCAAGAUGAUGGCUAGGUCAAAUUCACUCAAGAGUAUCUUUACAAAUCCAUCAUGACAAAGCAAAAUCUAGAUUUGUCAGUUAAUUACAUUUUGAAGAAAGACUGAUGAGAUAAACAUUUGAACCAAGAAGUCAAGUAGCGUAAGACCACGAAUGUGUAAGUAAAUGGGGUUCAUUUUGAUUUCAUGUUGACUUGUGUUUAUGUAGGAGAAAAACAAUGCAUACGAGAAAAGAAAAUGUUAAUGCGAAAUCUGUGUACAUUUCUCGCAAUAAAGAUCACCCAUGCUUUUUUUUUUAUUUUUUGGGUACUGAACUGGGUGUAAAUGUGCUCAUUUGUGUUAAAUGUAACUGUACAUGCUGCACUCGGAUGGUGGUGGAAGUUGACAUAGGAAUUUUGUCAUUUAAAAACUGUUUUUCUUGUCAGAAUUAUUUUGGCAAGUUUGUUCUUAAACUUACUAACUCUCUUUAUUGCACUAUUUUCCUGAAAGAGACCAAUUCUUCUUAAAACAGGCACGGAAGAAGGACUCUGAGAAAGCUCUGAAAUGUCAGAGCGGAUCAGAGGAGCAGCUGGAGAUGUCAAGAUAAAAGGCCGUGACAGGCUGUCUGAAGACAUGGAGGAGCGACAUCGCCGAAAAGAUAAGAAAUCCUCCAGACCAAGAAGCCUAUCAAGAUCACGUUCAAGGGAAAGACGACAUCAUAAUCGAAACUGGGACAAAAGAAGAUCUCGCUCACGAAGCGGUGAAAGGAGAUCAAGGAGUCGUGACAAGAAGAGACGGGCCAGGUCUCGAUCAAACUCCAGAAGCAAGCACAGACAUCGCACUAGGAGCCGUAGCAAGAGCAGGGAGAAGAAGAAGAGGUCCGAGAAAGCACGGAAAAAAAGUCGCAGUCGGUCAGCUAGCCCUGUGACCUUCAGGGGCAGAAACACAGCCAUGGAUGCUCAGGAGGCAUUGGCCAGAAGCCAUGGAUCAGUAGCAGACUCCUGUGUGAAAGCACAGUCCGUGCUGCUUCUGUACCACAGAUGGACUACAUACGCACUGCAGACAGAGUUGGAGAGAGCAAAGAAGCUUCAAGAACAGAAGGAAAAAGAGUUGUUGGAAAAACGGCAACAACAAGAGAGGGCAGCAGCAGCAGUUCCACUGUUGUGCGAUGCGACCACUGCAGCACCCAGUUCAGGCCUGAACGUUGCAGCACUGCUGGCCUCUGGCACACAGGUCACUCCUCAGAUCGCAAUGGCUGCUCAGAUGGCAGCGCUUCAGGCCAAAACACUGGCAGAGACUGGCAUUGCUGUGCCAAGCUACUACAAUCCCUCAGCGGUGAACCCAAUGAAGUUUGCAGAGCAGGAAAAGAAAAGGAAAAAGUUGUGGCAGGGGAAAAAAGAAGGGGACAAGUCACAAACAGCUGAGCUUUGGGAGAAGCUGAAUUUUGGUAAUAAAGACCAAAAUGUGAAAUUUCGCAAACUGAUGGGCAUCAAAGGUGAAGAAGAAGGUAGUUCAUCAGUAGCUGGUAAUGAAGAAGGUCUUAAAACCUUGCAGCAGCAGGAAGAGAUGUUCCGCAAUCUGGACGUCCAGUAUGAGAUGGCCCGUUCACAGACACACACACAGAGGGGAAUGGGCCUAGGUUUCUCCUCUUCGUUUUCUUCAAGGGGCAUGGAUGCUGUCUGAACAUUCUGUAUUUGUGCUUCUCAUUUCUGUAAAUUCUGGCUGACGUUGCCACUGUAAAGCUGGUUUGUAUCUGCUAGUAGAGAAUACUGCUGCAUUAGCCUGCAUGUAUGAUUCAUCAGGUCUGUCAUUUUAUUCAUUUUGGAAAUUCACAUGUAAAUACAGUUGAUUGCUUAAACAUAUGUAGUUGCUUGGUCUCUGAAGAUUGUGUUUAAUAUUGUAAAGCUUUUGUUUGGAUUUUGGGAGGGGAAUGUGACUGUAUAUUUCACUGUGUUUGUAUUAACACUGACUGAAGCUAGCGAUUCCUGAUAUCAUUGACCAAUGGGUACCAGGGGCUAUGAUAUAUUGUGAAUGCUUCAUGGAUUUUAUGAAAUAGUUACUACAUAAAUAUCAAGGACAGAAAUUAACAUGAUAGACCGUCGGUGGUUUGAGUUGGGAAAAAAAACAUCACUAUUUCACAGAACAAUAAAAAAUAUUUAACAUGCAAAA